GCUUCGAGAGAAAAGGGAAAAGAACAGAUACAAUUUAAUCUUUUUUCUUCCUCCCUGGAGACAACAAUGUUAAUAACAGUAACAACAAUAAUGGCUAACAGACAGGGCUUUAAUGUUUGCAAAACAUUUUUACAUAUAUUUGUUUUCUUGUCAGGAGACUGAGGAUAGGUCAGACAAGCGCUACAUAGCUUGAACCCAACAGACAUCUUAAACUCAAUAUAUCCAAAACAGAACUCAUUAUUGUUACUCCAAACCCUCUCCACUCCACCUUCCCUAUUACUUUAGGGGUAACAUUAUCCUGUCGAUCCCUAAGACUCCCAGACUAGACUUCUGGAUUCCUCAUCUCUGAAUCUCAUAUCCAAGCAGUUGCCAAUUCCUGUCAAUUUCCUCUUUGCAUUAUCUCUGAUACACGCUACUCUCUGAAACGGCCACACUUCUAGUAUAAACACUCAUCACUUCAUGCUUGGACUGCUGUAAUAACCUAUUAGUGGUUCUGUCUGGCUCCUGUCCCUCCCUAUUUCAGUCCAUAUUCUCUUCGGUCACUAAUGUGACUUUUGUAAAGAACUGGUCCUGUAAUGACAUCCGACCCUACUCCCCACUCAAACUCUAGUGCCUCCAGGAUCAAAUUCUCUACAUAGCAUGCAAAGCCCUUGGUAACUUACCCCCUCCUACUUUUCCAGUCUUCUUACACUUUACUGCACAAUAUGUACAAUCCAAUGACACGGGACUGUUCCAUCUCUCUCUGCUUAGCAUUUUCUUUGGCUGCCCCCCAUCCCUGGAAUGCCCUCCCUUCUCCAUUCUAUUUAUUAUCCUCCCUGUCUUCUUCUAAAUCCCUACUAAAACUCGUUUUGUAGGAAGCCUGAUAGGCUAACGGCUAAGCAAAUUACAUAAGAGUUUAACUUAAAGCACAACAUGGAAGCAGAGAAAAUGUAUGGGGAAAUAUAGGGGAGGUCGCAGUGAGCCAUCCUUGCCGGCUGAAGAGGAAUUUAGCGCAAAAUUGUCACAGAAAAUGACAAAGAGGCUAUUUUACGGGUGAGAAACGUGGAUUAGUAUGUGAUCUCCCAGGUGACUGGGAAGAGCUUCUGUGAAACUGUUGGUGGCGUGAAUCUUAAAUCCCCUCAAAAAUCUCAGGUUAUUGAUCUCCACGGAAGGAAGAGACUGAAUUUGCAAAGGCUGGAGGUAGGAAAAGCAGCCGGAAGUGAUGUAAAGAAGAGGCAACCGCCGAAGGGCUCGGCUUCAGUAUGACGUAAAAACUUAGCGUCUUUCCUAUCCAGAUCCACGGGAGGAUGCGGCAGCGCCGGCGUUUUGCGUCAUCUUCCCGCGCCGAUGUUUCUCUAGUUUCCCUUCUGCCAGAUUCUGCUGUUGAGGUGUUGGGCUACAACAUGGGGUUGCUGGGUCAGGCGUUGGUCAGGGACAGCAGCUCGCAGCUCCCCUUGGGGUUCUGGUCAGCCGUGGCCGUAUGGGUGGAGAGGCCGCAGGUGGUUAACAAGCGCUUGUGCGGCGCCAGGCUGGAGGCCCCCGGGAGGCCGGCGCAGGGGCAGGCCCAGGAGCCAGAGGAAAGCGCGGGCCUGGACCUGGGUGCGGCAGCGCAGGCCCUCGAGGCGCCCCGAGCCCCUUCCUCGGAUCCGGAUCCGCCUUUGCAGGCUCUCUUCUGGAGCCUCGCCUCCACGGACGAGGAAGUGCUGCACUUUGUUAGGGGGGCCGGGGAGGCAAAGCCUCGGGAGGCCAGACCCGAGCCCGAAGUGAUGCUCAGAACCCUCAUCCCCAAGCCCAGCGUGCCCCUCCCUUGGCCAACUCCGAGAAAAGAAAUGGUUGUCCGAGAUGUCUUCAAUGGAACAGUAACAUUUUUACCACUGGAAGAAGAAGGUUUACAACUUAAGAAAAACAAUAUCUAUCAAAUUCAGCUUAGACAUAACAAAGAUGAAGAAUGGUGCAUAUCCAUGUUAGCUUUCUCUCCAAAAAGAUGGGAUUCAGAUGGAGUGAUAUACCCCAAGUCUUCCUGGCUUGGAAAAGAAUUGUUGUCCAAGUUGGCCAAAUGGUCUGUGGAGAAUAAGAAAAACGAAUUUAAAAGCACUCUGUCACUCAUAUCACUUAUGAAAUACAGCCAAAUUUACCAGGAACUCAAAAAGAAGUACAAAGAAAUGGUUAAGGUAUGGCCUGAAGUAACAGAUCCUGAAAAGUUUGUGUAUGAAGAUGUUGCUAUUGCUACUUAUCUGUUGGUUCUUUGGGAAGAAGAACGAGCUGAGAAAGGAAUAACUGAAAAACAGUCCUUUGUCGACUUAGGAUGUGGCAAUGGUCUCCUUGUUCAUAUCUUAAGUAAUGAAGGGCAUCCAGGUAGAGGGAUUGAUGUUCGAAGAAGAAAAAUAUGGAACAUGUAUGGACCACAAACAGAAUUAGAGGAAAGUGCAAUCAGACCAAAUGAUAGUUACCUUUUCCCAGAUGUUGAUUGGUUAAUUGGAAAUCAUUCAGAUGAGCUUACCCCAUGGAUACCUGUGAUUGCAGCAAGGUCAUCAUAUAAUUGCCGUUACUUUGUCCUGCCAUGUUGUUUCUUUGAUUUCACUGGAAAAUAUAGCCGAAGACAGAGUAAGAAGACCCAAUACAGGGAAUAUCUUGAUUUUAUUAAAGAAGUGGGGCUCACCUGUGGAUUCCACGUUGAGGAAGACUGUCUUCGAAUCCCAUCAACUAAAAGAGUUUGCCUCAUUGGAAAAUCCAGAACAUAUCCAGCUCCUGAAGAAGCUUUAGUUGAUAAACAGAGAACACAGUAUAUUGACAGUAGGCAGUCCUGUGCUCAGAUUCCCCAUAGUGAAGACUCUUCUUGUUCCUCUUCAGGCAGCACAAUAGAAAUUAAUCAUUGUGAUCAUCAUGCAUAUUUAAACUGUCUCGGUGAUGAAGAAUCUCCUGAAGAUCAGUUUCCUGAAGAUGAAAGGAAGGUGCCACAGGAAAAUAGAAUUUGGAUAAGUGGAUUUCAGCCUAGAGACAAAAUUGAACAUGUUAGGAACUGUGCUUCUCUUCCUCGGGACUUCAUUGAUCACAUAGUUUUGAAAGUGGCUAAUUUGUUGUUGAAUGAAAAGCAGCAGAAUCCCAAAGAUCCUUGCAUUGGAAGCUCCAAAACCUGGAAUCGAGGAGGAAGCCUUUCUUUGGCAGAAGUAGCAAAUCAACUGGAUAGAGAAACCCUUCAGAGAUUAAAAAGAGAAUGUGGAGGUCUCCAAACUCUGCUUAAGAACAGUCAUCAGAUAUUUGAAGUUGUGAAUGGGAGAGUGUACAUUCGUGAUUGGAGGGAAGAGAAGACAGCAAAGAAAAACCAGUCAGAAGCUAAACGAAGACUCUCAUCAGAAGCUUUCAAAACGCGACUCUGUUGGUUUUUUAUGCAUCAUCCCGAUGGUUGUUCUCUGACCUCUGAAUCCUGCCCAUAUGCACAUGGAACCCAGGAGCUUCGGCAGUCUCAGACUUUGAAGAAGAUUAAGCAGAUCCACUGAUGCUAUGCCAACAAGUUGAAGGGCACAGACUUGGGGAGUGGGCAGGCCAAGAGAAAUUGGCUACACAUUAACCUCCUUUUGAAUUUGAGUAAUUUCCUUUUACCUUUGUCAGGACUCUGACAGUAUGGGACUUAGCAAUCAUUGUGUAGAGUCACAAUUUUUAAAAGCUAAACAAAAUGUUGCUAAUUAUUUUUAAUAUAAUUUUAUUUUAUAUUAAAAAUUUGUAAAAAAAAUUUUGUAGAAUCAAUUUUGUAUAUUACUGUAGCAUAUAAUGUGUAUUUUGGAUGAUGUAUAAAAUAAAAUUACUCAGGUUUGUGUAAAGACUUUGAAUCAGAAAGACAAGCUAUAAACAUCUUUUAAAAAUACUGUAUAAUUAAAAUAAGUUGGUUUUGAGUUGAGGCUUUCUUUUCUAGAAUUGGAUUUUUUUUAUAGGAAAAAUACUUUGGUUCACAAUUCAACUCUUUUUAUCUGUUUUUUUUUUUCUUUUUCUGAGAAUGAAUGUGAAGAAGAAAUUGAUGCGUAUUUUCAUCAAAGGACUAAGUUUUGAUCCUAGUCCCUUAUGAUUGCAUGAAAAUAUUAUUGAUCUAAAUAUAGGGGAGGGAGAGGAGAAGAGGGAGGAAAGAAGAGAAUCAGACUAAUUCUUUAAAAAAGAGGCAGAGAAAUCUAAAGAGUAGAUUUCCUAGAAUCUCACAUGUUGGAAGGCAGCCCAUGCCACUUUUGGAUAGCUCUAAUUAUUAGGGAAGUUUUACUUAAGCUAACUCUAUUCCUCUGCAAUUGCCAGUUAUUAUUGCUAGUUCUGCUUCUACCGGCCAAGCUGGACACAACUAAUUCUAUUCUUUUCACAUAGUCCUUUAAUGACUUGGAAGAGAGCAAACUUUUUCUUCCUCCAAGGAGAAUACCUCCAUUUCCUCUAGUCAUUUUUCACAUGACAUGCUCUCUACUCUUCAUAGUUCUGGCUUGUGUCCUUUUUCCCCGAAAAUUAGAUGUCCAGAACCACCAUAAUAGUCUAGAAGCAACCUGAUUAGAGUAAAAUACAUUAAGAUUGUCACCUCUCUCAUCUAAACCUAAACAUCUAUUAAUAUAGCCUAAAAAUGAAUUACUUGUGAGUUGUCAUGGACACACUAUUGACUUAUAUUGAAUUUCCAGUCGAUUACUAUUGCUUUGUUCUUUCUUUUUCACAUGAAUUAUCUAGCCAUGUGGACAGCUGGUUUUCUGAAUCUUAGCAAAAAUGUUUACCUUUAUUCUCAUUAAAUUAUAUCUAAAUUAGUUUGGCCCAUCA